UUGGGCACGUUCUGUUCGGAUUAAUAGUCGGCACAGUUUAUUACAAUAUCGGAGAUGACGGCGCUAAGGUGAUUACGAACAUUGCCUACAUCAUGCUGAUUCUUCUGUUCACCGCAUUUGCAAAUUCGAUGACUGUUGUUUUGACAUUCCCAUUGGAGAUGGCUGUAUUCAUCCGAGAGUACAAGUCUAACUGCUACUCUAUCGGAGCCUACUUCUUUUCGAAGAUCGUUGCGGACUUCCCGCUGAUGAUCGGAGGUGUUACCUGCUUUCAUUUCAUAUCGUAUUACAUGACCGGCCAAAUAAACGAAAAUGAUCGGAUGUUAAUGUUCUGGGGCAUGUGCGUGAUGAUGGGUUGGUACGCACAAAUCUACGGAAUGCUCGGUGGUAGUCUGUUUCCGAUUGAGGUGAGCCCUUUUCUGGUACCUACCACGUUGAUUCCGGCCGUACUGUUCAGUGGGUUCUUCAUCCGGUACGAUGAGCUGUUCGGUGUGUUCAAACCGUUGACGUACAUCUCGGCGUUCAGAUUUGCAUUCGAGGGAGUGUCGAUGGCGGCCUACGGAUUCGAGAGGGAGGAUUUGAAUUGCAGUGAGAUGUUUUGCUACUAUCGGAAAGCGAAGAAAGUUCUUGAGAUGCUGGACAUGGAGAACAGUUGUAUUUGGGUGGAUUUUGGGGGAAUGGUGGUUAUCAUUCUAGCAUUGCAUAUUUUACUGUAUUUCAGCUUGCGCUACAAGGUACGAUGAAGUGUUCUUCAAAAACAUUAUUCAGAUUAGAAAUAGGAUAGUACUUAAAACAGUUUUAAAUGUGGUUAUACAUGUGUAAAUCAACCGGUUAGACUGUUUCUCUCCUCCAAGAUGCCUUUAAAAAUUCUGUGAUUAUGUGAUAGAACUAAUGUCAGUGAAUAUAUUGUGAAAUAAACGAAUAG